UGAUGAAAUCGCUCGACUGUUUGUUACGACUGCGAUUUGUUGUCAUAUUAGAUAAUUUUUGUUAAAAAUUAUUAUAAUUAACCUAGCUCGAUAAGGUAAUUGAAUCCGACGUUGGGAGCAAGCAAUUGGAAUGCAUAAAGUGGAAUCGUUACAGCCCGGGACCUCCCUUGUCGAUACUGGUGAACUGACGAAGGCAGAAGAAGGAAAAACGGUGCGUGUGUCUCUGGUGUGAGCCCCGUGCUCGCUGUGUAUGGAGGCAAUGCCGAGGCAGUGCUGCUGACGAACGCUGUUCCACCUAACCCAAAAAAACUCGAGCCACUCCGAAUGCGAUGGCAAAAUUUAGGAAAAAUCAUUCCACCAGCUAGAGGCGUGUGAAAAUUCGUUUUUUUUUGUAUGAUUGAAUGGCCGAAUCAAGCAUUGGGCAGUGAAUUGGAAUAUUCCGGGGAAAAGCAGUUCUGGGAAAUUCCCACAACCGUACAGAAGAUCAGAAGGUGAAAGUGAGAAUGCAAGCCUGAAACGUGCCGAGAUGAAAGUUAGUGUAUUAGAAAGAGUCACUGAAUAGUGGAGGAUACCUACAGCAAAGAAUUCAUCGUGGAAUUGGCUUUGCCUGGCAGGGUGAAGUAUGUGCAAAAAGUGAAAUAUGUUCAAUGAAUAGUACAUCAUUAAAAAGAGUAUGGGAAACAACCAAUGCCAACGAUUUAAAUGGCUAGCGGCGUAGCAGUUUGGAGAAAUUCAGCAGUGAAGACUAGUCAGAGGAAAAUAAAAUACACAGCACAGAAUAAAGAACUGCUGGCUAAAACGCAUUGCACGGAAUUGAGCCUGAAGCUAAAACGGAAAGGCGUAAUUGCAUUUGAUGAGUUUUAAUGAAUUCGAACGAAGCGAACAACCGAAGGAAAGAUAGAACUUGCUAGCGAACGGAAAAAAGCGCUAGAAGUUGAACCUCAGUUGGAGGGUGAGAAGAGGAAAAGCAUUUAAAUUUUCUCGGAUAGGAAAAGUUUUUUUUUUGUGCUCCUACUCUCUUUGCUCUAGCUAUGCCCUUGGGUUUGUCGAGCAAAUGAGGAAUAAGGAAAAAUCGACUGAGAGGAUAAGUGUGAAUAUUUCAGCUCAAGUGCUUUGAAGAGAAAAUCAGCUGAAGAAGCUGAAGCAUGAAGGAAAAAUAAAACUGUGAGAAAACAAAAAAAAGUUAUACCGAAUCAAGUGAAUGUGUGCGUGAUCACGUCCCGAAAUCGAAUACAGUGCAGCUUGGAUUGGAAUUUUAUGGAAAGUGAACUGUUGUGUGCUGCAGGACGUGCCUCUAAAAGGCAAUCAAAAGCUUACGGUGAAGCAGGAUAGUUUUUACUCUCUGAUUCUCACACCGCCUGUGUACAUUAACCCUUUGCAUCCUAUUUCUACUCGAUAACAAAAGUAGUGCAUCUGCCAACUGGUGCAGGUUUUUUUUAGCGUGUUAGUGUAGUUAAACAAUAAUAUCCAAUUCACAUAAAUGGCUUUAAAUCUCGACGUAUGAUAUAUGUGUGUGUUAAAACAUAAUGUUUACAGUCAAUAUCCAAUCAAUCACAGUGCACUCGUAGAAGAUACACCUAAGUGAGAAGGAUACAUUUGGUUCCAUACUAGUGUGGAAGCCAUUGCUGCACUGAUAUACCUACUGCCUAGUGCAGUGCAGUGAAAUCCUUAUCUAAAAUAGAACAACGACGCUGCUGCUCUUGAAUACUGCACUCGUGAACAAAACGACUCGUGAAAAGUUUCUAAGGACGGCGCCCGAUAAAGGUGCCAAAGGUGCCACCUUCGUACCGGAGGAGGCUCCGCAGGGGCGCUAGGCUGUCAGCUGCAGGCGAUGCACCGAUUUGCGGAUCGACCGGGUGGACCUGGCCUAAGAUGGGGAGCGUGCUACUCACGGCUGUGUUCAUAGCGUUACAUUUUGCUACCGGCCUGGCCAACCCAGAUUCUAAGCGUUUAUAUGACGACCUGCUGAGCAACUACAACCGAUUGAUACGGCCCGUGGGCAACAACUCCGAUCGAUUAACAGUAAAAAUGGGUCUACGGCUAUCACAGCUCAUUGACGUGAACCUUAAAAACCAAAUCAUGACUACUAACGUGUGGGUAGAACAGGAAUGGAACGACUACAAGCUCAAAUGGAAUCCAGAUGACUACGGUGGAGUGGACCAGCUCCACGUACCAUCGGAACACAUUUGGCUACCAGACAUUGUAUUGUAUAAUAAUGCGGACGGUAACUAUGAGGUGACAAUAAUGACAAAAGCAAUUUUACAUCAUACGGGUAAAGUAGUAUGGAAACCACCUGCCAUUUAUAAAUCAUUUUGUGAGAUCGAUGUUGAGUACUUUCCAUUUGACGAGCAAACAUGCUUUAUGAAAUUCGGAUCCUGGACGUACGACGGAUACAUGGUGGAUCUACGCCAUCUCCAGCAGACGCCCGACUCCGAUAACAUAGACGUGGGAAUAGAUCUGCAAGACUACUAUAUAUCAGUUGAAUGGGACAUUAUGAAGGUGCCUGCCGUUAGAAAUGAAAAAUUUUAUAGUUGUUGUGAAGAACCAUAUCCGGAUAUUAUAUUUAAUAUAACGUUAAGAAGAAAGACACUUUUCUACACCGUGAACUUGAUCAUACCUUGCGUUGGGAUAUCGUUUCUCUCCGUACUAGUGUUUUAUUUGCCCAGUGAUUCCGGCGAAAAGAUAUCAUUAUGUAUAAGUAUAUUACUGUCGCUCACUGUGUUUUUUCUACUGCUGGCUGAAAUCAUUCCACCAACGUCACUAACGGUUCCACUGCUAGGAAAGUAUUUAUUAUUCACGAUGAUGCUGGUCACAUUGUCCGUAGUUGUUACCAUUGCCGUACUGAACGUUAAUUUUAGGUCACCCGUUACGCACAAAAUGGCACCAUGGGUGCAUCGAGUUUUUAUAGAACUAUUGCCUAGGGUGUUAUGUAUAGAGAGGCCAAAGAAAGACGACGAACCAUCCGAAAACGAGGAGCAGGCACCCGAAGUGCUGACCGAUGUGUUUCAGGUGCCACCGGAUGUGGAAAAGUACGUCAGCUACUGUGGGAAGGAAUACACCACAGAUUUUGAUAUUCCUGCACUGCCACCGUCACGUUUCGACGUGGCCGCAUCGGGUGGCGUUGGGCCAUGUUUUGGCGAGCCACCACUGCCAGCACUGCCAUUAGCAGGAGGGGACGACGAUCUCUUCAGUCCGACCAGCAACGGUGACAUGAGUCCGAACUGUUGCGGUGACGUGAGCCCAACGUUCGAAAAACCCUUGCUGCGGGAGAUGGAGAAGACGAUAGAAGCAUCGAGAUUCGUAGCUCAACACGUUAGGAAUAAGGAUAAAUUCGAGAGUAUAGAAGAAGACUGGAAGUACGUAGCGCUUGUCCUAGAUCGCCUGUUCCUGUGGAUAUUCGCGGUGGCGUGCGUGAUGGGCACAGCACUGAUUAUCCUGCAGGCGCCCAGUUUGUACGAUAACACCCAACCGAUCGACGCCAUGUACUCCAAAAUCGCCAAGAAGAAGAUGGAGUUGCUCAAAAUGGGGAGUGAGAAUGUAUAGCAUCCGCCAGGGUUCGCAUCCGCCGUUUGGAAGUACCUUCUGAACUGGAUGCGAACCCUGGUCAACGAGGAUGACCAUUAGAGAAUCCAAUCCUCACAAACACACGCGCGAACAUACCCCCGAAAUGAAUUGAAAGAAAAAGGAUUGGUAGAAGUCUGCUUCUACACAGCCAACAAACACAGCAAAACAGAUAGAGAGAGAGAGAAACAACAGACAACAUCCGAACAAAAACCAAAGUUACUCCACUCGCAUCUCGUUCAGUGGCAAACACGUUGUUGUCUUUCGUCGUUGGACUCUGAGACUGUAGGAAAAUCAGCACCUUCACCGGCAUGGUCAAAAUUCGGCAGUGGUGGUGAUGGUGGUGGUUGACCUCGUUGCGUGUCUGGACUGAUCACGCGGGCGGAAAAAAGUGGUUUACCCUGGAUCUGUUCUCCAAUUGCUCAAUCCAACCCACACGAAAAACGGACACGCCAUCAUCUCUGCAAUGUCACACUGCAGAGGAGUUUCACCAGGAUCCGUCACAUAAAACAACAAGUAAAACGUAACGCAAAACCUAAACAGGCAAGGAACGAACGGAAUCUUAAUCAUUACUGCAUAAGUAUUGUGAUCAUUGGUUAACUUGAUGUUACUGUCACAUAUAAUGAUGAAACAAAUCACUGGAUAACACCAUACAGCAGUACGUUAAUUUGAAGAAAAAAAAACAAGGAAAAAACAGAAAACCACACUUGAGCCAUUAUUAACGAUUGAAUUGCACAGCACAUACACACUCACACAUACACGCAAACACCUUCAGAUCAAAGGGAGAAAACAUAAGCCAGAAGUCGUUUCAUUCUACCGAGACGAGAGACUUUUCCGUAACAGUAAAUGCAACGCACGUCAAACUAUAAAUUUACUUCAUUGAAUUGAGGUGUACUACCAGUAGGUGAACACUCUGAACUAAAGGAGAUAAACUCAAAAAAUAGACAGAAGCAAAAAAAAAAACGAGUGAAAAAACACGAAACACACGAUAUGCUGGAAAACUACAAGCGAAAAAAAGAUGAUAACAAACGUCAUGUGACAUAAUUGAAAGGAAACAUUAGAUUGUAUAUUAUAGAAAUUUAUUAAUAUAUACAUAUAUAAAUAAAUGUUACGCGUUAUUAAUAAA